GCCCAUGUGCGUACACACACACACAUACAUACACAAAGAGAGAAAGAGAGAGCUCUCAGAACCAUCAAAACCCUUUCUGCUGCCACUGGUGCCAAUCACAUGAUCGUUCAAAAACAUUUUGUUCCCUUGUUCCCACGUUACUCUCCCCUGCCACCACUCCACUAUCAAUACUGAGGACGGCCGCUGCCAACCUGCUGCAGGGCUCAGACUGGUCCUCGUUGCUGCUGUUGUUGUUGUUGUGGUGGUGGUAGUGGUGGUGGUGGUGGUGGUAGUGGUGGUGGUUUUCAGAAGUACUCUGUCCUCGUGAAAAAAAAAUCCAAUGAGUACACUGACAGCAGCGCUACAAUGAUAGUAAGUGUCAGACUCUGGAGUUGACCGCCACUGGACUGUUAAAGGGUGCUCUGAGGCAGCUCCUGGGACUGAUGGGCAGAAAGAAACAGCAACGAAACAUGCACAAAACAGGUGCAGAAGAACAACAAAUUAGGAGUAGAGGAUGGAGGUGCUGCUGGGCGAUGUGAGUAUGAUACUAACUCAUUAUCUUUGUGUGUGUGUGUGUGUGUGUGUGUGUGUGUGUGUUUCAGGUGUCUGGGCAGAUUCCUCCUCACUGGGUGCUAUGCGAGGCCAGCGUGUCCAGGAGUGCGAGCGCAGGCGUUGGAGGUUGGGCGCCUGGGUGCUGCUCUCGCUGCUCAGCUGCUUGCUCCUACUGUCCAUCACCAUCCUGCUGCAGUUCGAGGAUGUCAAAGUGACAAGAAGAUCGACAUCUACCAACAGCACCGCAACAAUGCCCAUGCAAUCUCAAGUGCGCCUAAUGAACGGGCGGAACCGCUGUGAGGGCCGUGUGGAGGUCGAGUACAACGAUACGUGGGGCACGGUGUGCGACGAUGACUGGGACAUGGUGGACGCCAACGUGGUGUGUCGGCAGCUGGAGUGCGGGCUGGCAGUGGCCGUGGGCAGCAGCUCGCGCUUCGGCCAGGGCGCUGGGCCCAUCCUGCUGGACAACGUGGACUGCAAGGGCGGCGAGACCGACCUGGCGCAGUGCGGCAGCCUGGGAUGGGGGAUCCACAACUGCUACCACUACGAGGAUGUGGCCGUCACCUGCAAAGGCACGGCCAUGCAGGAGUCUCGCGGAGCACUCUUGGAGGCGACCACCCCGUCACGCCGCAACGUUGGCUUACGAGAUGGUACCAUCCGUCUGGUCGGAGGAGCGAACCACUGCCAGGGAAGGGUGGAGAUCUAUUACCAAGGCAACUGGGGGACGGUCUGUGAUGAUGACUGGAGCUUGAAAGACUCCAGCGUGGUGUGUCAGCAGAUUGGAUGUGGCCAGGCAAUCGCAGCUCAGACCAAUGCCUACUUUGGAUACGGCACCGGCCUCAUUCUGCUGGACAAUGUCAACUGCAAUGGCUACGAGAGCCACCUGGCUACUUGCUACAGCCUGGGCUGGGGGAUCCAUAACUGUGGCCAUCAUGAGGAUGCGGGAGUCGUAUGCGAAGGAUCGGGGUCCACUACCACUGUGCCAACUGUGAACACAGACACAAUGCUCAGAAUAUUACUUCCUAACGGGACAACUCCAGUCAUAGAUACAGAUACAGAAUCAACAUCAACAACAACAACAUCGCCCACUACAACUACUACGACAACAACCGUAAGCACAACAGCUAAACCGAUGCCCACCAUCCGCGUGGUGAACGGCAACAGCAGCUGCCGGGGCCGCGUGGAAGUGUUCCACAGCAACGUGUGGGGGACAGUGUGCGACGACGACUGGGACAUGGACAAUGCCCAGGUGGUGUGCCGGCAGCUGGGCUGCGGCCCGGCCAUCGCCGCCAAGCAGCUGGCCUACUUCGGCUACGGCUCGGGCCCCAUCAUGCUGGACAAUGUGGACUGCCAGGGCAACGAGCGCAAACUGACCGACUGCUUCAACCUGGGCUGGUUCCAGCACAACUGUGGCCACCACGAGGACGCUGGCGUCAUCUGCUCAUCAUUCACUGAGUUCUUUGGGAAUGCGAGAGACUUUGGCAUGACCCUCAAAAUGCCCACAGCCUCUGCUCCGGCUCCGAUGCCCACCACCACCCCUCCACAGGGUACGAUACGGCUUGUCCAAGGCCAGCACCAGUGUGAGGGCCGCGUAGAGCUCUUCUCACAGGGCUCAUGGGGAACAGUAUGUGACGACGCGUGGGACCUCCCGGACGCUCAGGUGGUAUGCAGACAGGUGGGCUGUGGCCAGGCAACAGCGGCCAGGGGCCAGGCCUUCUUCGGCCCGGGCACCGGCAUCAUCGUCAUGGACAAUCUCAAGUGCACGGGCGCGGAGGCCACCCUCAACGACUGCUCCCAUAUAGCGUGGAACGUCCACAACUGCGACCACUCGGAGGACGCAGGCGUCACUUGCUCACUGUCGUGAUCGCGCCCCUGGCAAAGCGCAGCGGGCAAUGGUCACUAUGUCACUAUUGCCAUAGCAGUGAGUGGGUAGUGGGGGGAGAGAUUCUGACACCUGGACUUGUAUACAAUUUGUAAAUAAUAAGCUCACCCUGAUCCUCAAGGAGAAAGAAAUGACCAAACAAUUCAACAACAAAAACCAACCAAGCAAAAACAACUUAUAUGACUAAAUAUGAUGAAUAUAUAUUCCUAUUAUGCACUUUAUAAAUACAUGAAUAAAUAAAUAUAAUUAUAUAUAUAUAUAUAUAUAUAAUAAAAACAACACUGUACACAUUUUUUUGAUAUACGAAAGAAACCAAAGCUUUAGACUGCCUCUAUCUUUGUCUCUGUUUUCCUGUCGAGAUGCUGAAAUAUUUAGCAUACAUGCCAGCCGUACCAUCCCACAUUCUUUGAUGGUUGAGGAAGGUACGCUGGAGCAAGGCAUUCAUUAUUCAGAUCAUAGAUGAAAGGGCUCCUCCCACCUCUCCCCAACUUGCUGACACACCAUCAUCACACAGGGCUCAAUACCAGCCUCUAUAGGAAAGAGAGAAAAAAACACAGAGUCAAGGUUGAUUCCAUUUUUAUAUGUUUUCUUUUUUUCUUUUUGCUUAUGCAUUGGGCAGACGGACAGACAGAUAGGAUGAUUUGCACAGUGUGCCCAAGCCUCUUCUGUAGACUCGUCUCUCUAAUUUAUUUCAGGCUGGAGCUGGAUGGCUCCCUGAUCAAAGACACUUUCAUUUCCUCAGCUUUGAGUUUGUUUUGGUGCCGUGUGUGCUGUUUGAGAUUCAACACCUGCUCUCUGUAAAUAGUCAUUUUGGUCCUUUUCCCUGCAAUCCACUGUGGACUCUGAUUUCUCUCUAUGGUGAAUGUUAGCAAGAGAAAUAUAGAUAUAUACCCUGCUUAAUAUGAACUGUUUUCCAUGGCCAGUAGGAUACACUGAGUGAAGUUACCAGAGGGUUGAAGGGGCCUUAUCUCAAAAUGUGAGUCUGUUGAGCAAUAGUCUUGUGUAUUAGAGCCUGUGAGUUUUCUGUGAUAUUCAACCCAAUGCUCUCCAUGUAAUUUCCAAUGUUUAUGUGGUAACUUAAAAAUCUAUGUCUAAGACUUCACCAGCAUUUAUUUUACAUCACACAGAAACAUCACUCUAGGCCUUCUGUAGGUUUAUUUUUAGUCAGCCAUUUGUUGAUGUUUUCAGACAAUAUUCUUAAGACGUGUAUACAGUGGUACUGGGAAAACAAUUCUUUAAGGUGGCUGAGGUUUUAAACAUAUGCCACAAUUUGCCCCUUGAAAUAUACUGCUGUGCCAUUAAAACGACAAGUUACCACAAUUCGGUGGUAAGUGGACUUGUUGGCAUUUGUGUCCAAAACAACAAUGGGACAGUGCAACAACUCUCAGGUUAAAAGUCGGACUCCUUCAUUGUAGACGCCAUAGAAAUGACCUAUGUCUUCUAAAGCUGAUCAUUUGAUAGAUGUUACAAUGCAAAGUGGGUGUGGGACAUAUGCUCACAUAAAUACUUUUGUAUUGAAAGUACUGGUGACUUCCUUGACAUAAUGUGUGGCAUGCCUUCCGUUGGAUUUAG